UCAUACAUAGUAGUACCCUUCUCAUGAAAUAUUUUCAGAUAUGUAGCAUUUAAAGGAUCAGAUACACUAUGACUUCCACAGACACUCAUCAUGAGAGAAAUUCAGUAGAAAGCUUUACACUUUCAAGUUGCUCUGCUAUGCACUCCACAUAAUUGUUUGGACUGAACACUCCACAUACUGACUGAUUUAUCUCUCUAGAAAGCUUUACUCUUUCAAGUUGCUCUUUCUAGUUUCUGAUAAAUAUUUAUUAACAAGUUUGGUAAAUAACAAAAGUUCUUCUAAAUUCUUGUUUUCUAUGUAGUUGGAUUGCUAUGGUUUCUGAGGCUUUGUGCCAUUUAAUGCAUUAGUCAAUCUUUUCUUCAAACUUUAGUAGGUAUGUCGCAACUGCUGUUACUUCAGUUCAUGAGAUGGAGAAUGGGUUCAACAUUUGUUCCUUCAAUGCUGGGAAACUGCUUUAUAGAUUAAUAAAGGACCAUUUCUUUCAGGACCUUACCAAACUGAACCGUGAUCCUGCCAAGGUUAUUUAUAUGAGUGGCAAUGCCCUAGAGAGCUGUCUUCAGACAGACAAUUGUGUCCAAAUCAAGCCUUGGACGAGUGAUGAUUUGGAUGAUACUACUCUGUUGGAUCUUCUUCCAUUUCUUGAAUUUGUAGCCCAGAGUAGACCAAAUGAUAUUCGCCCGGUGCUAGCAUCCUGUAAAGGGCGAGAUAUUCCUUUCCAAAGGAAUUUAUUGAGCGUUCUAAAGAGCACAAAAGGUCAGAUAUAUGAACCUUGUAAUUGUUUGCAACUCUAGCUGUGCUGAUUACAUUUCUUCUUUAGACUUUCACAUUUAGAAACUCUAUUGCUUGGAUUAAUCUGUGAUAACAUGACAUGACCUGGGUACAUAUAGGGGUGAUCGUUUAAGGCUCAGACAUUGAACUUAUUCCCUUGAGUCCUAGUAUCCCUAAUCCCUAUGUACCCAUAGUCCCAUACUGAUCUCACUGAUCUGUCAUUCUAUCUCUUACCCAAAUGACCCCAUGUUUUGAGAUCUAGGGUUUACAUUUAGAAAUUCUACAUUUGAAAGUUAAAUAAUCAAUCAGUUGACAAGAUGAAGAAAGUUAUAAUUAUUAUACUUGAGACUUGAGAGAUAUGAUGACAUUUUAGCCAUUCAAAAAUUAAUAAAUAAAAUUUAAUAAAGCAAUUAUUAUUUACUUCCUAUAAUAAUACUUGUGCCUAAUGGAAAAGUAUAUAUACUGAGAUGGUGACUAAUUAAACACAGGUCUCUCUAUCUGAGAAUUUGAGAUCCAUACUAGAUUUGCUUACUGCUGGUAAUCAUAUUUUUUAGUACUAAUUUCAAGCUGAUUGACAAGUAAUCCAAAGGUGUAUCCGGUGUGUUGAAAGAGAUGCAUCGAUCACUUGCAUUUCUCUCAGUUCGGCUGUAAAUUUAAAAGAGUCUCGGUUUGUGAAUAAGUUUGUGCUACCAUAUGGAGGAAGUCCUUGAAGACUUAGCGGCUUAGCCUGUAGUAACACUUAUUUUUUGGGAGGGGUUCUUGCAUGAGUUUCCCCUAUAAAAUAUUGUAACCGUAAAGUCUAAAAGUUGGUGCUCCGAUAUAUCUUUUCGGCUUCGAUACCAUAUUUUUGUUCUCUUGGUAAU